AUGGCACACAACUUCGCACCCUACCAGAGCAGCCCUCCCGAAUCAACACGCGCCUUGUCACCACCACUCCGCACAUCGACCUCGUCACCUCGCCCUGCUGUAGUCACUCGCGCACAAUCAAGCAUUGAAGACCCAUGGGCCGCAACUCGCGUCUCCCAGCUCCCCUCUCCCUCGGCCUACGACGAUCUCGAAGCGAACACAACACAGACCUCGCGGUUAAGAGGAGAUGGCUACUAUGUCUUUGAAACGAGCUUGGGAAUACGCAUGGACAUUGAGGCCUGCCUGCCUUACCUACUGCUCCCACCUGCAGGAGGUGUCGCCCUGUUGAUUUUCGAGAGGAAGAGCGACUACGUGCGAUUCCACGCCUGGCAGUCGAGUCUUGUCUUUGCUGCCUUGUUUGUGCUACACAUGCUGCUUUCAUGGUCUCGCUUCUUGUCCUGGCUGCUGUUCAUCGGCGACCUUGGCUUGAUUGUCCUAUUGGUAUUCAGAGCAUAUCGGGAUGCCGAGACACUCGACCGCUUCGAGCUUCCUUUCUUCGGACGUCUGGCUAGCACCUACGUCGACCGCGAAUAA